CCGGGUCAGCCCUGUGGGGGCUUGGGAAAGAGAGCCGGACCACGAAGGGCCACUGGCAAGAUUUACACCUGCUCCAGCCAGCCUGCCCUCUGAACUAGGCCUCCUCGCAGACCUUCGUGGCCGUGAUCAUCUUUUUUCAGUGAGAGAGGAUUCUCGAUCAGGUCAAGUGUCGGCAAGGCCAUGGGCUGAGGAUGGCUUCUUUCUCGGACUCAUGGGCCCUGUGAGAGAUGGUCGGAGGGAGGCCAGGUGAGGCACCUCAUCACGUCCCCGAGAGCCUCCCUCCUCCUCCUCCUCCUCCUUCUCCUCCUCCUCUUCCUCCACGGCAGCCAGGCCCCUGCCUGGCCCUCACUCACUACCGCACCUUCCGGUCCCACGAGUGGAAGGUGGUGGAGCGGUCGCUGAGGCUCCUGAGGACCGUCGACUUCUACUGGGGCCCCCUGCCCGUUGGCGAGGCGCACGCCCGGCUGGAGGUCGAGCCCGUGGGCACCUACCUGCUGCGCGACAGCUCCCAGGUCAACUGCCUGUUCAGCCUGAGCGUCCGGGCCCCCCAGGGCCCCGUCAGCCUCCGGAUCGCCUUCCAGAAAGGCCGCUUCUGGCUGGGGAGCUGGUCCUCGGACUGCGUGGUCGGCCUGCUGGACACUGUGGUGGAGGCCACCCGGGCCAGCUCCUUCCCCUGCCAUGGCGGCUUCGCCCUGGUCUUCUCCUCGCCCCUCAGGAGGACCGGCGGCCACCCGCCCCGCCUGCCGGGCCUGGACUGGCCCCAGGGUGCUAGGCCGGGGAUGGGGCUCCGGGUCGAGGACUCGACCGAGGACAGCAGAGUUGCCUUUCGGCCAGAGCGGGGAGGGGGCCCGCCUCCCCCCGCCCGGGACUCGCUCCCCCACCGACAGUCCGAGCCGGCCCGGACCUGAGACCGCACGGCCCCGCCGCCCCCUCCUC